UUUAAAAUGCGUAACUUUUUCACUUGAAGUUCUUGUGUGGAUUUUUUGGAGAACGCACCACAUUUUUCGUGAUUUACAAAGCAAAAAAGUGCUUUAUAGAGUAAAUUGUGAGUGCUACAGAUUCAUUGUGAAAUUAUAAAGAAUUUUCAGGUGGAGUUGUGAAUUGAACGCCACCGCCGUAAAAAUGGGAGAUGAUAAAAGUGUAGAGGAAAAAAGUUUGUGGCCAGACGAUCUCAAACAACGCGAAGAGCAAUGGCAGAGGAAUGGGGGUCCCACAACGCCAAGGCGCUACGAUCGACCACCUUCGCCCCCAAUGCCUCCGCCGGUCGACGACAAGAGACGCAGUAGAAGUCAUAGCAGAGAGCGCAGAAGGAGUAGGAGUAGAAGUAGAAGUAGGAGCCGUAGUCGUGGGCAUAGUCCAAAUGAGAGAUAUCGACGACGUCCGGAAUCCUACGACUACCGACGUAGGCCGGUCAGAAGAUCUCCGGAUAGGCGAUUUACUCGUAGGGAUAACUCCCGGGAGAGGAAUCGUUCACGUAACAGGAGUAGAUCUCGCGACAGGCGUGACCGGAGCCAUUCCCGUGGGAGGAUGAGACGUGAUUGGAGCCCGAAGGGAAGGAGAUCUCCUGUCCGACGACCCGCAACACCUCAAGCUCCUCCACCACCUAAUAUUAACCAAGCUCCACCGCCCUACAUACCGCAACCGCUCUACACGGAUGGUUACAACUACAAUGCUAGCCUACCGCCAUAUGGGCAGAAUAUGCCGCCUCAGCCCUAUGGAGGAUAUGAUUUUCCUGGUCAAGGGCCCCCUCAGCAAUAUGUCCCUCCUCCAUAUCCUCCACCGCCCCCAAUUCUCAUGCCGCCUGGACCUACUGGUGAUGAUUUUGGACCUGGCGUUUGGGGUGCCCCUCCACCAAUGGGUCAGCAACCAAUGCCACCCCAGAUGUCCAUGCCCGUUGAGUCUGAGGAAGAUAAAUGCAAGCGCGAAGCUGCUGUUGCACAGGAGAUGCAGAAUCAACGGGCCACGCUGAAGAAGCAGCGUGAAGAUUAUCAACGGCGUGCAAGUGCACUCACGCGCGAAUUGAAGAUUCUCAAAGAGCAAAGAAAUAAAUUGGCAGCCGUCAAUCAGCCACACAGUCCGACAACGAGGAAUUUUCUCAAGGAAAAUGAUCGUCUACAGUCUCAGAUACAGAAUAAGCUAAGCAAUAUCGAGAAUGUAAUUGCAAUGUUGUCGGGAAUAAUUGGUGUGGAUAAGACACCAUCGCCGCCAUCUCUUUCAUCGGCAUCAAAGAGUUCAGCAGCACCAAAAGGCAAAUCAUCGGUCUCCACGAAGGGUUCGGAUUCUGAUGAUAGUGACUCCGAGAAGCUCAAGAGUAAGCUGAUUCAGAGUAUGAAGAAGAAUAAAAAGGAGAAGGAACAUGAAGGUUCAAUCUCACGUGAAAAAUUAACAGAUCCAGAAAAGAAGGUGAACUACGUAUUCUACGAUCCUGAGAUGCAUUGGUGUCCAAUUUGCAAUGUUUUCCCGAAAUCUGCAAAAGAUUACCUCAAUCAUUUGCACACUAAGGAACACAUCAAUUUUACCAAGAAUCAGGAGUCACCAUGGCAUGAUAAUGCUAAAAUAGAUGAGUUUCCAACUUAUCCAAAUGCUCCUUCAAAGAGGACUCCCAUUCGAGGAUUACAAUUUUUCACACCAGCCACUGCAUGGUAUUGUAAACUUUGCUCAAUGUGGAUGGGUGAUCUUCACUGCGCUUCAACGCAUCUUAAAUCCAAGCUUCAUGCUGAUAAUUAUAAUGCCUAUAUCGAUCAGAAUCCUCACUUUGAUAUGGAUUGGAUGGCGAAUCGGCAGAAGGCGUAUGAUAUCUUCCGCGAGAAGGUUGCUUCUGGAAAGAAGUCUCCGUCGUUGCUGCAUGUAAUUCCACUUCAAUCGGACGAUGAUUCGGAGAAGAAGCACAAGAAGAAGAAAAAGAAGCAGGAUGGGAAGAAGGAUAAGAAAAAAAGAAAGCGUGGUAAGCGUCGACGUCAGUCGACAUCAUCAUCAUCCAGCUCCAGUUCAUCAGAGUCGGAUUCCGAAUCAGAUAAGAAGGAAACAUCGCAAGAUGCCCCCUUUGAAGAGCUCCCUGGUAAUUCCAUUCGUGUAUCCAUGAGGAAUAUGACAAAACCCCCACCAGCAGCAGUACCAAAUACCGAUGAUGACAAUGCUGUGGGUAAGUGGACGAUGGUACAGCCGGCACAGGUUUCAUCGCAGCCUCCAUUUGCCCCACCAGCACCAUCAAUUUCAAGUGAAGCAAAGAAACGCGAUGAGUUGAUCAUUUCGCAGUGGACGCCUGGUCCAGUAAUUAGUGAAUCAGAGCGGAAGUUGCUUGAUGAUUUGAAGGGGAAACUGAAGAAGAAGACAGAAGUCGAUGUGGGUGGUGGUGAUGACAGGCGUCGUUCCAGGGAUCGUUCACCGUCAGAUCGUCGCGGAAGGCGUCGCUCUAGAUCACGCGGACGUUAUUCACGGAGUCGCUCCAAGUCUCCCUACUACAAUCGCUAUGGACGUCGGCGUUCGUCUUCGCGCAGCCGGAGGUCAUCAUCACGUGGGCGUCGCUCAAAUUCCCGCGGAAGGCGAAUAAUUGAAAAGCCAGUGGUGAAUUAUCCUCCAGAACCAAAGCGUUUGAAUGACAAGAAAACCAAGGGAAAGGGUGAGGGGAAUGGUGAUAGAAAAAAGUCUCCACCCAAGAAGAAAGCUCCAGCACCUCCACAAAUCAAGGGGAAAUUGCCCUUCAUUGGACGCAUGCCGGUGUUUAAGAAGCAAGUGGCUGCUGAGGAUGCUGCAAAGCAACAAAAGGAAGUUGAGGCUGACGCCAAAAUUCAACAGGUUGCACCGAAAGCACCCAAGUUUCCAACUGCUAAAUCUAAUGCAAAAAUACCCCAGGGUGGCUCUACAAUGGACGAUGAACUCAUGCCAGAUCCUACACAGUAUAUGGUGCUGUUAUCAGGUGGGGGAGCAACAGCUCCACCUCCACCUCCAUUGCAUGACGUGGAGAAGAAUGAGGAGGAGGUUCUUCCGCCUGGGAUUGACGAGGCAGAGGCAGAUCUUGUGCCAAAGCCCAUAAGUGAUGCUCCACGUCCAAGAAAGGGACCACUACCGAAGGAUUUCCAAGAUGCACUAGAUCUGAUUUUUCCAGAUGAGAAGAAAAAGAAGGAAGCUGCAGAGCAACCAACUAUUGACGCUAAUCGAGAACCCGUAGAUAUGGAAGGAAUCACAACGGCUGGUGACUCAUCAUUGCCCGAAGGGGGAUUGCCGCCUGGUGUGGAAGUUGCUGCACAGCAAUCUGUGGAAAUGUACAAUGCCUAUGCAUCAGCAUUUCCCGGUGCACAGAAUUAUGCUGCUGUAUAUGAAGGACUUACGGGAGCUGCUAUUCAAGCGGAAGCACCUCCAAUUGUUCCACCACCCCCACCAAUUGAUAUGGAUACUGGGAAUUCCGGGGAUGGAAGCAUUCCUCACGUAGAGAUGGCCAUUGAGGAGAGCAAAGAUUCCUCCGCAAGUAAGAUUGAGUUGGAUGAUCUGGCACUUUUGGGCAUUGAUGCCGACGAUAUGGCUGCGCAGUGUAUGUAAUUCUUAAUUCUCUUCUAAAAUAUUUCUUUUUGAUUUUCUUGAAUUGUAGUUUUUAUUGAGAAAAAAAUAAAUAAAAUUAUAAAUAUCAUAAAGAA